AUGCACCGGCCGCGCCGCCGCGGGGCGCGCCCGCCGCUCCCGGCGCUGCUGCUGGCCGCGCUGCUGCUGGCGGCGCGCGGGGCCGCUGCCCAAGAAACAGAGUUGUCAGUCACUGCUGAGUUAGUGCCUACCUCAUCAUGGAACAUUUCAAGUGAACUCGACAAAGAUUCUUACCUGACCCUGGAUGAACCCAUGAAUAACAUCACCACGUCGCUGGGGCAGACGGCUGAGCUGCACUGCAAAGUCUCUGGGAACCCGCCUCCCACCAUCCGCUGGUUCAAAAACGACGCGCCUGUGGUCCAGGAGCCCCGCAGGAUCUCCUUUCGGGCCACUAACUAUGGCUCCCGGCUGCGAAUCCGAAACCUGGACACCACCGACACGGGCUACUUCCAGUGCGUGGCGACCAAUGGCAAGAAGGUGGUUUCCACCACCGGAGUCUUGUUUGUCAAGUUUGGCCCCCCUCCCACCGCAAGUCCGGGAUCCUCAGAUGAAUAUGAAGAAGAUGGAUUCUGUCAACCAUACAGAGGGAUUGCAUGCGCAAGAUUUAUUGGCAACCGCACUGUCUAUAUGGAGUCCUUGCACAUGCAAGGGGAAAUAGAAAAUCAGAUCACAGCUGCCUUCACCAUGAUUGGCACCUCCAGCCACUUAUCUGAUAAGUGUUCCCAGUUUGCCAUUCCUUCCCUGUGCCACUACGCCUUCCCUUACUGUGACGAGACGUCUUCCAUCCCCAAGCCCCGUGACUUGUGCCGCGAUGAAUGUGAAAUCCUGGAAAACGUCCUGUGUCAAACAGAGUACAUUUUUGCAAGAUCGAAUCCCAUGAUUCUGAUGAGGCUGAAGCUGCCAAACUGUGAAGAUCUCCCCCAGCCAGAGAGCCCUGAAGCUGCCAACUGCAUCCGGAUUGGAAUUCCCAUGGCGGAUCCUAUCAAUAAAAAUCACAAGUGCUAUAACAGCACGGGCGUGGACUACCGGGGGACCGUCAGCAUCACCAAGUCCGGGCGCCAGUGCCAGCCGUGGAACUCCCAGUACCCCCACACCCACACCUUCACCGCCCUCCGCUUCCCAGAGCUGAACGGAGGACAUUCCUACUGCCGCAAUCCCGGGAACCAGAAGGAAGCUCCCUGGUGCUUCACCUUGGAUGAAAACUUUAAGUCCGACCUGUGUGACAUCCCAGCAUGUGAUUCAAAGGACUCCAAGGAAAAGAACAAGAUGGAGAUCCUGUACAUCCUGGUGCCCAGCGUGGCGAUCCCCCUGGCCAUUGCCUUGCUCUUCUUCUUCAUCUGCGUCUGCCGCAACAGCCAGAAGUCCUCGUCGCCGCCCGUGCAGAGGCAGCCCAAGCACGUCCGCGGCCAGAACGUGGAGAUGUCCAUGCUGAACGCGUACAAGCCCAAGAGCAAGGCUAAGGAACUGCCACUUUCUGCUGUACGUUUUAUGGAAGAAUUGGGCGAAUGUGCCUUUGGAAAGAUCUAUAAGGGCCAUCUCUAUCUCCCAGGCAUGGACCAUGCUCAGUUGGUUGCUAUAAAGACCUUAAAAGACUAUAACAACCCCCAGCAAUGGACAGACUUUCAGCAGGAGGCCUCCCUGAUGGCCGAACUCCACCACCCCAAUAUUGUCUGCCUUCUAGGUGCUGUCACUCAGGAGCAACCUGUGUGCAUGCUUUUCGAGUAUAUGAAUCAGGGGGAUCUCCACGAGUUCCUCAUCAUGCGGUCCCCACAUUCUGAUGUUGGCUGUAGCAGCGAUGAAGACGGGACGGUGAAAUCCAGCCUGGAUCACGGAGAUUUUCUGCACAUCGCCAUUCAGAUCGCAGCCGGCAUGGAAUAUCUGUCCAGUCAUUUCUUUGUCCACAAGGACCUCGCAGCUCGCAAUAUUUUAAUCGGAGAGCAGCUUCACGUAAAGAUUUCAGACCUCGGGCUUUCCAGAGAGAUAUACUCCGCUGAUUACUACAGGGUGCAGAGCAAAUCUUUGCUACCCAUUCGCUGGAUGCCCCCCGAAGCCAUCCUGUAUGGCAAAUUCUCUUCCGAUUCCGAUAUCUGGUCUUUUGGGGUCGUCUUGUGGGAGAUUUUCAGCUUUGGACUCCAGCCCUAUUAUGGAUUUAGUAACCAGGAAGUGAUCGAAAUGGUGAGAAAACGUCAGCUGUUACCCUGCUCCGAAGACUGCCCACCCAGAAUGUACAGCCUCAUGACAGAAUGCUGGAAUGAGAUUCCUUCUAGGAGACCAAGAUUUAAAGAUAUUCACGUCCGGCUUCGGUCCUGGGAGGGACUCUCCAGUCACACCAGCUCCACGACUCCUUCGGGAGGAAAUGCCACCACGCAGACCACCUCCCUUAGUGCCAGCCCAGUGAGUAAUCUCAGUAACCCCAGAUAUCCCAAUUAUAUGUUCCCAGGCCAGGGUAUUACACCACAGGGCCAGAUUGCUGGUUUCAUUGGCCCACCAAUACCUCAGAACCAGAGAUUCAUCCCCAUCAAUGGAUACCCAAUACCUCCUGGAUAUGCAGCGUUUCCAGCUGCCCACUUCCAGCCAGCAGGCCCUCCCAGAGUGAUUCAGCACUGCCCACCCCCCAAGAGCCGGUCCCCAAGCAGUGCCAGUGGAUCAACGAGCACGGGCCAUGUGACCAGCUUGCCCUCAUCAGGAUCCAAUCAGGAAGCCAAUAUUCCUUUACUACCCCACAUGUCAAUUCCAAAUCAUCCCGGUGGAAUGGGUAUCACCGUUUUUGGCAACAAAUCUCAAAAACCCUACAAAAUAGACUCUAAGCAACCAUCUUUGCUAGGAGACUCCAAUAUUCACGGACACACCGAAUCUAUGAUUUCUGCAGAAUUAUGA